AUGGCUACCCCAAGCCCCCCAAACCUCUCUAAAACACUUUCCGACAAGGCCAACAACCUUCUCAAUAAGGUCAACGAUGCUCAAUCCAUCUUCAACCCAAUUACCCAACUCCUAGAUACCUAUCUAAGCUCUAAGGAAGUCCACGCUCUCCCACCGAGUUCACGAAAACUCCUCACCUCCCUUUGCCUUGAAUUUAAGGCAAUCAUCGAAUAG